UCUUUUUCUUGUCGACCAUCGAAUAAUUAAAGAGUGGGAGGAACUUUUUCUGAUUGCAAAUCUGGCCGAGCGACUAUUUAACAAGAAGUGUUAGGACAUUAACACAAAGUGUGAUUGAGUGUGCGACAACGAUAGAAAUUGACUAUUGUAAAUAUAGAUUUAAUAAAGUGUGAGCUUAGGGUUUAAACAUCGAUCGCUCCUUGGCUUUCUAUUCCACUGCGUUUUGGAUCGGCGAACUGAGUGAGGGCUUGUUGUGAGAUCAUCGGCAUGGCAUACAUCCCUCCUCACAAGCGCCACUCCGCCACCGGCAAUACUUCCGCUCCCGCCCCGCCGCCGGCCUCCCUCUCCCGCCGCUUCGACCAAUCCCUCGCCCUCGACGGGCCUUCCCGCCCUCGGGGGAGGAGGCCUCCCUCCCACCAGAGUUCCGCGAUGAUCGACAUCGCCUACGCGGCUCAAUCCACCUCCCUCUGGUACAUCGCCGGCGGUUGUCCUCAUCCUGACAAUUUCCGGCUGGAGCCGUAUCCUUGCGACGCCGUGGAGCGGCGGGAAGGCUACAGGCCUCUGGUGCUUACCAUUGCUGGCGAUCCACCUUCGGUGGAAUCGGAGGAGGAGCCGCCGCCGUGGGCGGCGAUUGUCACAGGGAUCGAGCGUGAUCUGCUUUCUUCCCUCGUCAGCGCGAGGAGCGAACUGGCGCCCCGGAUCAAGAUCUCGUUCGUCGCCAGGAUCGGCAAAGUUUUCUUUCGCGGAGAACCUUCAAGUUGUCUUGAAUCUGUGAGGAGAGUUGCAUAUUCUGAAUCGGAUAUUAGAGGGAAAGUAAGCAAGUUCUUCAGCACUAGUUUACCAAAUGAACACAUUCAAGAAUUUGAACAGUUGGAGAUGGCAAAGCUUGGUUUUGAUUUUGAUUCCCAGAGUGAACGUUAUAUCAUCAAGUUGUUUAACAAGACUCAGGCUGGCUCAGUAAUUACAUGCAAAUGCAAAGUUGCUGAAGGUGGUGGCCUUGAGAUAUUUAAGAUCGAACAAAACAAAUUACGUCAUCUGGUUGUAGACAUAUCAUGCGUCUCUAAGGAUCUUGAUCUGAGAUUGAUGUUGUAUAGUACGGAAGUUUCGAAAACUCUGGAUGAUGUAGCAAAAGAUGGCAUAAAGAGGUUGGUUUCCAAUGCGGUUAUAGACCCAAAUGUGAAAGGUGGACUACGGUGGUCGCUUGGGAAGGACUCUAUUGAUGGCACUUUCAGCAUCAUUGAUGUUUGCCAUCUUAAGUUCAAGAAUUUUAAGAACCAGAACACGCGGAUUAAUUUUAGAUAUGCUGAUCGGAUUCAUCUCAAAACAUCAUUUGGAGAAGUUUCUAAUGAAUUGUUUUUCAAGUUUCUGGGAGUGUCUCGACAAUUGAGGGAUGAGAACUUCGAGCCUAGCUCUGUGUUGGCCGCCGUCCAGGAUGCUGUGAAACUUAUUUGGAACCACUUUUUGGGCAAGAACGGUGGUGUCGAGGGAGAAAAGUGCAAGGAAAAGUGAGUUUUUGUACAUGGUGUGGGCAAAACUUUUAUCUCUAUGUUUAUUGUAAUUUUGUGCUUCCAUGACUGGUUUCUCUCUAAGCGGAUGUAAAUUGUUCUUGUGUUUCUUUGGGUGAUCACUAUCUUUUUGAACCUCUGCAACUCAUUGAUCUCUGAGUUGAGCCUUCUUUUCUCCGACUGAGGCUUUUAUUGAA